CCCGUUCACCCAUUUCGACCCCUCCAUCUCUCAAUCUUAAAUUCUCUACUCUCUUGCAUCUCCCGUUUUCUGCACUCUUCACUUCAAUUUACUCUUCUCAACACACGCACGCACAUCCAACCACCACACAACAUGUACGCCCACACUCUCAAGCACGCCCAGGCCGAACCGGCCGCCGCGCAAGUCUGCCCAGUUGUCGGCACGACCACCACCGUCCUCCCCCCAGACCACCCGCAAUUCAACCCCUCGGACCCCGAAGCCCGCUGCCCCGUGACAAACGCCAAAGUCGAGCACCACAAGUCCUCCAUCCACGCCCACCCGGCCUCCAGCAGCAUCCCCGCCGACCACGCCAAAGCAAUGGACGCCACCCUGUGCCCCGUAGCGGGCAAGCCGGCGGCCGACAGCGUGGAGAACGCGACGUGCCCCGUCGUCGGGAGCGUGAGCGCCGUGCUGCCGCCUGCGCACCCGUCGUUGACGGAGGAGGAGGCGGGCAAGGUGUGCCCCGUGACGAACGCGACGCUCGAACACCAUGCUGGCAAGGUGGCGAAGCAUCCUAGUGUGGCGAAGGAUGCGGCGGCGCAGGCGUGUCCUGUUGCUGGGGCGCAGUUUAACUAGGGCGCGCAGAGGCUGUAGUUGGUUGGUGGAUUAUCGAGGGGUGGG